AUGGAUAACAAUGCCCUCAACUGUUACUGUGAUGAAAAGGUGUUGAUGAAGAGAAACGAAACAAAAAGGAAUGUCAAGGAAGUGCUUCCUCUUGUCAAUGAGAUAUUGAGAUACGUAAAUGCACGAGACAAACGUUUUCUGAUACAACCACUGAGGAUGGGCAGUUAUGAUACGCACCUGAAGGUGGAGAAGGCAGACGAAUUUGACUACAAUGUCAUCGUUGAUGUCGGUAAGCUGAUAUGGGGACCUGGAAAGACGAGAUACUACGGAUUUAACGACACCAGAGAUCAAGUGGUUGGGAAAAAUGGAUACGCAUUACCGAGUCCUCCUGUUGGUCAGUAUUUUAUUGAAAUCGGUUCCAUAAAGAAGAAAUGGGAGGCUGAUGGACUUGAAGACGGAGUGUCGAGCAUGACAUUUGACAAUGACAUAGUUCCAAUCAAGGUCAAAAGAAGAUUCAAAUCACUUGUCGGUGAAGCUGUUAAUCAGCCGAAAUUCAGAAAUAUGAUAACAACCGACAGAAUAUCAGCUUCUCCUGCUACCACACUUUCUGUGCAGUUCCCAGACAUUCCAUAUCCAAUCAGCAUUGAUCUGUGCCCGAUGAUCGAAGGUCAAUUAGAAUUCAAACCAGAGUUCAAUUGGCCUAGACCAAAUAGUCAGUGGCCAUCACGACAGAAGAAGUCGACCAUAGCUAAAAUUGGCGUGAAUGAAAUAGCAAAGGCGCCAUUUUAUUGGACACUGUCGUUCGCUGCCUGCGAAAAGGAGUUAUUGGAAGGACUUGACAUUGGAGGAACAUGUAGAAAGAAAAGCCAGCGGAUCAUGAAACGACUAAAAGACGAAGUAUGGUGUCCACCUGGAUUAAAGAAAGUCCUUACAUCAUACCACCUGAAGAACGUGCUGUUCUGGGAGUGUGAGGAUCACCCAUUUGAUGCCGAAUGGCAGCAGGAACUUCUGGCCAAACGGGUGAGGGCAAUGACAUACCGUUUGUUGGGUUAUCUCCAGAGGGGAAAUCUUCCGCUGUACUUCCAUACCGGGGUCAAUCUGCUCUCCAGCAAGGAUAAAGACGUACUGCAGCAGGUAGCAAAAAAUAUCAAGUCAUUUGUUGACCAGCCAGAGAAAUAUUUGUAG